UGGAUGUUUCAGACGGUCGGUCGUCCCUUGACAUGAGGAUACUACUAGUACUAUCAGAGCUCUGAACGGCCACGCUGUGGUUUUCAUCACUCUCCGACGAAUGUUGCUUGCUUGUUUAUUUGAUUCGGAGUGUUUGUUGCUGACAUUGUCUCCAAGAGAUUUCAACGCAACGUGUCUGCAACCUGAACCCUCGUGCCGCUUGAAGGACUUGGAAGUGGGUGCUCGUUAUGCGGUUUCCUUGCGGAAGAUUGGUGCGGCUCAGUCAAUACGGGUUGGCCGUGGCCUUUCUGGGUCUGGUGUGCCUGGCUAGCAGUUUGAUAUGUGUGUUUUAUUUUGAGCAAGUGGAGGAUAUGGUGCAAACUGCGCUUGAGCGGCAGACAAUCUUUAUGAAUGACUCAGUGUUCUUGGAGGCAUGGCAGAAUCCGCCUCUGACCCCUAUUACGAAGGUGUACGUGUUCAAUGUGACUAAUCAGGAGGAUGUGCUGGCAGGAAAUGCCAGUCGAUUCCAAAUCGAAGAGAUUGGACCAUUCGUUUACUCGGCUCGUACCAUCAAACGAGUCGUGGAUUGGGGCCAGGAUGGAAAAACCUUGACAUUCCAAUCGAAAACGACUUAUCAAUAUCUGCCAAAAGAGUCUGCCUUUCCCGAUGAUAGGACCACGUUUGUUGUGGUACCUAAUGUAUUACUCAUGACAGGGAUGCUAAAAACCGAGGUGAGGCCCAUGUCCAGUUUCAUCAAACGCAAUAUCAUUUGGCCCAUCUUGACCUCAACCGGAUACAAGACUCCAUUCCUACACUUGUCCGUGGCAGAUUUUGUUUGGGGCUACGAAGAUGAGUUGGGUUGCUUGGAUUCUGACCCAAGUACUGAAAAUGAAGACCUGGAGGAGGAUCUGUUUGGAGAUGACUUUGUUCGGGAGCCUGCCAAGCCAAAGAUGUCCGAAAGGAGCUACCGGAGACCUGAUGGAAGAUGCAUGUUUGGCACGUUAGUGGGACGAAAUGACACGUGGGAGAGUCCAAUCAUGAUCCAAACGGGCCUAGGUGACAUCCGUUCGAAGGGUCAGCUUUUGAAAAGUAAGGGCAAAUCCAGCUUUGGUGCCUGGACUCCCAACUCGCCUUGCGACAGCCUGAUUGGCACGCAAGAACCCUCAGCCCUUCCACCUCAAUUGCCGGACACAUUCAACCUCUUCCUGGGGAUUAUGUGUCGUGCCAUUGGGAUGGAACAUGACGGAAUCAUCCAAUACGGCCAGAUUCAUGCCAAACGAUACGUUCCAGUGAGGAACAGUUUCAAUUUCACUCAAGAUUCGUGCUAUCAUGUAAAAAGUCUGCACCAAUUACCUCCUGGCGCCCUGAGCGCCAGCACUUGCACCGACGGUGCUCCGCUUCUGGUGUCGUUUCCCCAUUACGAAGGUGGCUCUCCUUGGUACUUGGAUCAAGUAGAUGGGUUGACCCCUUCUGAGACCGAGCUCCAUUUGCCCCAGAUUGACGUGGAGCCGACGUUCGGGGCGCCGUUAAGUAUCAAAAUCCGAUUCCAAGUCAGCUUGCUCUUGGAGCGCGAUUCAGACUUCCCGCCUUUAACCAACUUGACCUCACAACAAACGCUUCUUCCAGUAUUUUGGGUCGAGGAAGGUUUCGGCUCGCCCCCUGAUAGAGAGCUGACCAUCCUUCAAUUAGGACUCCAUCUGCCAUUUUAUGUAGCCGUGGGCUUGCCACUUAUGGUGACCGUGACGGCCUUACUCUUGUUUGGAUUUGCAGUUUUAUGUUGUACUCACAAGACCAUAUUUGAACCCCCGACCCAUUUUGUAAUGUCGAAGUAUGAAACUGUGCCAUGUGAGGAUUUGACCAACCAUCACCUACAAUCUCUUUCACCAACAAAAUCCUAGUUUUUCAACCCUAUGAAAUGGAGAUCGUUUACUUGUCUUAUAUCAACAGAGCUGUGCCAUUAUCAUUUUACAAAGUGAACAAAUAAAGAAUCUGCUAUUCUGA